UCAUGAAAUUAAUUAGCCAUCUAUUCCAAUAUAAGAAGAUGCACCUCGCUUGAGUCCGUCUGACAUCUGCGGAGAGUCACACAGAUCAUCUUGCCUACUGAACAUACUGAACAGACAUUUCCCCAACCUGAGGAAUCAUGGGUCGCCUGGAUGAAGUCAUUAUAAAGCUGUCCGACGUCUUUGAGGAAUACAACACUGACGAUGGCAAAAAACGUUUGGACAAGGAGGAGUUAGGCGCCAUGCUGCAGAAUGAAGUCAACGUUGACAACUUUCAAGGAAACAUCACUCUGGAGAAUAUCACGACAAUGUUUAAGCAGAUGGACAGGAACAAAGAUGGCGAGCUCAAACUCCUUGAGUUCUGCAGAGCUGUUUCUCAGCUGGUGGUUUUGUACCACCGCAAGAAACACGGGCAUGAAAAUUAAAAAAAGUACAGUCAUAUGAUCGGGGAUAACUAUGUUGUUAUUAUCAUACUGCUGUAAUUGACUACAUAUAAAUUCCUUCAUUUGGGUUUAGUACAAAGUUGCUUGUCUUUCUGUAUGCUUCCUUUCUUUUCAGAGAGUGAAUAAAAAAUAAAUAAAUAAAAAAGUC